AUGGCUGGUCGUUUUAAAGGAGCUCAAACAGUUAUACGCUCUAAGCAUCCUAGAGCUUUAUACGUCCAUUGUGCUGCACACUCGCUCAACUUAGCAGUGUCAUCUGCAUGUAAUAUUCCAUCGAUAAGGAAUUGCCUCGGAAUUGUUGAAAAAUAUUAUUGUUUUUUUAAUUUCCCCAAACGAAAUCACGAACUUUUAGAAGUUAUCAAUAAUGGUGAUUGGCAACCUAAUGUAAAAUCUUUAAAACGUCUGUGUAUGACAAGGUGGGUACAAAGAUAUGACGCCAUCAAUGAUUUUAUUGAGUUAUUCCCUUGUGUUGUUACUGCACUAAAUAACAUAUCUGAAUGGAAUGAUGGUAGUGGUACAAGUACUGAUGCAAGCAUGUUAUUAAAUGCAAUUGAUUCGGAAUUUCUUGUGGCUCUUCAAGUUAUAAAAGUUAUAUUUUCAUUUGGUUUGCCACUAUGUAAACAGCUGCAAAAAAAAAACAUAGAUUUGAGAGAAAUGAUCAGUUUGGCCAAUAUCAGUAUCAAGGUUCUUGACAAUUUAAGGGAAAAUGUAAAUCAUGAAUUUAAAAAAAUUUUCAAAGAAGCUCAAAGAUUGGCUGAGAUGUUAGACUUUGAAAUAUCAGUCAAACGGUUAGCAAACCGUCAAAAACACCGUUCUACUACUAUAAUAUCAAGUUUUCAGUGUUUGUUUGAUGACACUAAUUCGGAUCAUACAGAUUUUGAGGCUCUGGUUUCUUUUUAUCUACCACAAAUUGAUUUGACUACAGCAAUCUGUGAGCUACAAAUUUGGAAACAAAAGGGCAAGUGUGUAGCAGUUGGUAGUGAUGAAGUGAUUACAUCAAAUGCAUUAGAUGCUAUUAAGCAUUGUGAUCCUAUCAUUUUCCCAAAUAUAUUUACACUGUUAAAAAUUUUGUGCACACUGCCAGUGUCUACUGCCACGCCUGAAAGAACUUUUUCCAGUUUGAAAAGAGUAAAGACCUAUCUUAGAAAUAGCAUGAAAGAAAAAGACCAACUACUACAAACAUCGAAAUUCGCAGUACCCAAUUCCGAAGAAGAAGAUGAAUAUGAAGUACCAGAAAAUAUUGGACUUAAUUAUAUAAGUAUUAUCUCUGAAAACCAAAUUUCUAAUGAUAGUGCAGAUAAUAUAGUGCAGCAUUCCACACCAAUAGAACCACAACAGUAUUCAACGUGGAUCUCCUCGAAUUGGCGCUAG